AAUUCUAGGAAGAUAUGCUCCUCUGUUCUGUUCAGUAUAUGGCAAUCACUUCAUCCACCACUGCAGUGCACCCACCUGUGGGCCUGGGGGAGGGAGUGGGUUGAAAAACUGCUCAAGAACACAGAAGUUUAGGAAGGGUCAUGAAGAACACCGCAAGUGGAACUGCAGAGAGAGGGUUACGCAGGCAGAAAGCGAGUCAACAAAAGCACUUAGUCAGGAUAUGUAACUUGAAAUUGACUCCAUUGGAAGUUGCCAUAGAACCUUUAAUGGACAUCAUCAGCUGGAACUGGGAUCUGAUGAAUCCCACAAAAGUCAGCACCUGCUACAGAACAGAUGCUCUGAUCACCAAGGACUUGUUUUCUGGAAAUGCUGCAGAAGGAUCCGUGCCAGAAACAAGCCUGUGAAAUACAGAAAUGUUUACAAGCCAACAACUACAGGGAAUCUAAGUGUCAGGCUGUCAUCCAGGAACUUCGUAAGUGUUGUGCUCGCUGUCCCAAGGGAAGAUCUCUCGUCUGUUCAGGAUUUGAAAAAGAAGAGGUAGAAAAGCUGACACUGAAGUCUACAUCAAAGUAAAGUUCUGCGGAGAAGUUAAAUGCUGCACCACGUUUCCACCAAGCGAGUUUUAUUUAUCCUCCUAUUCUUCAGGCCAGGUAGCAGCAAAUAUCAAAUGAAAAAGUCAACUAUAAAAGUUAAUAAAUAUGCCAUCUAUGCAGAACAGAUAGAAAUAUAUUAAAUAUGUAGAAUGUAAUAAAACU